AUGGCACUCCCCAAGUCGAUCAAAGCCGUGCUCUUGGCGGGCCUGUUGCUCCCCGUGGCAACUGGCAGCCAGCAAUCGCUGACCAAUGGUACCAGCUCUCACAGCCCCUUCAAUGACAGCCUCGCCAAGUUUGUAGGCGACGUCAUGGACAGGUGGAAGGUUGCAGGAAUGUCGGUCGCUGUCGUGGAUGGCGAUAGUGUGUAUUCUCAGGGAUACGGCUAUGCCACCCUGCCAGAUACCAAGGCCACACCAGACACACUCUACUUUGCGGGCUCGACAUCAAAGGCGUUCACAGCUGCCGCUGUCGCCCUAAUGAUUGAUAGUCAGAACCAUUCCGCCCUUGCUGACGGGUGGAGCACCACAAUUUCGUCCAUAAUCCGCAACGACUUUGUCAUGUACGAGGAUUGGUCUACUGAACACCUCACUCUCGAAGACGCGGCUAGUCAUCGCACCGGCAUGCCCCGUCACGACGCAGCCAUGUUUGCUCGUCAUGAAGACGGUAGCCCAGUGACCACCGCACAGCAGGUGCAAAACCUGCGACACUUGAAGCCCAGUGCGACACCACGAACCACAUGGCAGUACUGCAAUUACAUGUACACCGUGCUCGGGCACGUCGUCGAAGUGGUUGCCGGAAAGUGGCUAGGCGACGUGCUGCACGAGUCGAUCUGGGCGCCGCUCGGCAUGACGGCCACCUUCGGCGACACCAAGGAUGCAGUGGCCGCGCCGGAGCACCUGGCCGCCGGAUACUACUGGGACUCCAAUGCCGAAAGGUUUGUAGAAAUGCAUCUUGACAGCACCAGGGAGGAUGGCGGCGCUGGACUCGUCAUCUCCACCGUCGCCGACUACACAAAGUGGGCGCGCUGCCUGCUCGAUCAGACGGCGCCGUUUUCCAAGGCCGCGCACGCCGAGAUCCGUAAGUCACGCAUGCUCAUGGGAAACCUCGAGGACGGCGUGAUGGGCGACGGGGACAUGACGUACGGGCUGGGGUGGAUAAAGAAGACAUACCACGGAGAAGUAGUGUGGAAGCAUGGCGGCACCAUGAACGCGUAUAGUACGCAGCUAUAUCUGAUUCCGCGCCUUCGCUACGCCGUGGCGGCCAUGGCCAACUCGGGUCUCGCCAACUCUGCCGAAGAUGAGGUUGUCUGGCGACUGGUUGAGGAUAAGCUGGGGGUGCCGCAGGAGCUCCGAUAUAACCUCACUUCUAGCUACAAGGAGUUCACAGACGAGCAGAAAACGUAUCUCGAAAAGGUCGAUUCAAUCUUUUACCCGAACCGUCCAGAAAAGGCAAUUCCUUCGUCACUAACUAAUGAGCAAAUCGUUGGCCACUACUAUGACCCGGGAUACGGAACCCUGCGCAUCGUUCAGGGAGACGUUGGCGGAAAGACGCUGGUGGCGAACCGUACUGAGCCCAUUUUUCUGUACUAUUUGCGCUUCAGGCACGUCUCGGGCAAUUAUUGGCUCGUGGAUGCGUGGGAUCAGGGUACGAAGAGUAUCGCUUCCACGCUGGCUGGCGAGUUCAAGGUUGGCGUGGACGGGAAGGCUACCGGGUUGGAGCUGCAGCUGACGCCCAAGGGCGAACUUGGCGAGCCCAACGUGUUGUUCGAGCGGGUAUAA